AAGAAGAGACUGCAGUCUUUACAAAUCAGCCUCCGUCUCUUACCCCAGGUUCGGCGAAAUUAGGGUUUGAAUCUGUGAAGCUUUGCUGAUAAGAAGAACUAAAUGGGUCGUUUCAAGAACAAUAAGAAGGGUAGGGUGAAUGUGAAGCCUAUCGCGAAGAACAACCAAGCGAAUGUUGAUCAUGUCACCGGAGAUAAGAUCCCUAAAAGUUUCGUCUUUUCAAGAACGAAACUUCCUGGCUCUGUCAAACAACUUCAGAUGGAUUUGAGGAAGCUCAUGCUUCCCUACACUGCUCUCAGUCUAAAGGAGAAGAAGAGGAACACUUUAAGGGACUUUUUGAAUGUGUCAGGGCCAAUGGGUGUUACUCAUUUCCUUAUGCUAAAGAAAACAGCGUCUGCAUUGUCUCUAAGAGUAGCAAGAACCCCGCAGGGCCCCACUCUCACUUUCAAAAUUCAUCAGUAUUCGUUAGCAUCUGAUAUAGCUCAGUCUCAGACUCGGCCUCGAUGUCCUCCAGAUCUUUUCAAGAAUCCUCCUUUGAUUGUGCUUUCUGGGUUCGGCACUCAGGAGCUGCAUCUGAAGCUAGCAACCAUCAUGUUUCAGAACAUAUUCCCAGCUAUUGAUAUCAACACCGUCAAGCUCUCCACAUGCCAGAGAUUAGUACUCUUGAACUACAACAAGGACACGAAACUCAUUGAUUUCAGGCAUUAUUCGAUAAGGCUGCAGCCUGUCGGAGUGUCUCGUAAGCUCAGAAAUUUUGUGCAGACUCAUAAGGCUCCUGAUCUUAGGAAUCUGCAGGAUGUUAGUGAUUUUAUCACCAAGGCUGGAUAUGGAUCAGAGAGCGAAGGAGAUGAAGAAGCGGCGACGGUGACACUAUCAUCUGAUCUAGGCAGAGUCAACAAGGGUUCGACAAAGAGUGCUGUGAAACUGCAAGAAAUUGGACCAAGGAUGACUAUGCAGCUGGUUAGAGUGGAGGAAGGAUUGUGUUCAGGAGGAAUCAUAUUUAGUGAAGAUGGUAAUGUGGAUGGUAAGAAUAAGCAAGAUGGUGAUGAAGAAGAUGCUGCCAGCGAAGAAGAAAGUGAAGAAGACAUGGAUGAAGAUGCUGAAGACUGAAAAGAAUUUGUUCCGAGUAACUCUGUAUCUUCACAUCAAAGUUUUGUUUCUUUGGAUGCAUCUAUUGUCUGAUUGAACUAUUAUGAGCACAAUCGAUUACCUUUCUUAUUUAUGAACUUGUAUUUCGUCAAAAAAACCGUGUAGCAGAUUCUCUAUAUAGUUUUCUAAAACUGCAA